AUGUUGAAAACUAAGAGGAACUACCCUAUUGAUAUGUGUAAUGUCGUUUGGAAUUUGUUUGAGGGCAAAGACAUGUUCAAUGGCAACGAUCCAAAUGGGAAAGGCUAUUCAACCUUAACACACUCAGCUGAAGUUGUUCGGGUUUUAGGGCCCCCUCCAUUGUCUUUACUUAAGCGUGGAAUACAAAGUCAUAAGUUUUUCACUAAAGAUGGUAUGCCCUGCUCCGUUAACUACACCGAUCCCAACAUGUAUAUUUGUGGCUUACGGGAUUAUCAAAUAGGAGGAAAGGUGAGGUUGAGAUAUCAAAAAAUCUCCCUAGAAAGCUCAGAAGAUUUUCUCAGCGGACAACAUAAUGAGAUGUUCUUAGAGUUCACGAGGGGAAUGCUUCAAUAG